AUGCACGAGGGCCUCGAGUCCGGCGACUUUGAGGCACUAGUUGUGGUCUGUGCUCUCUGCAAGCGCAGUUGCGAUGAUAACACAGGGGCAUUGCUUUUACUACUCCUUGUUCAAUGCUUGCUCUUGUCAACGCAAGUUGAGGCGCUAGACGGUCUUCAGCCUGGAGAAGUUGGCAUCAACCACCAAUCGUGCGGCAUUGCGUCUAUUGAUUUCCGCAUAGUAAACGGCCUCGUAGCUGACAUCGAGAGGUUUCCAUGGCUGGUGUUCCUCCGGGUUCGUUACCGCAGCGUAGUAACUCGGUGUGCCGGAUCGAUCAUUACCUCAAGGCACAUCCUCACAGCGGGCCACUGCACAAUAUGGACCAACAAUCAGAAGGCCACGAGCAUCGUGAUGCUGUACGGCGCCUCCGAGUUCUCCGCUGGCACCAAGGUGAUUGUGAAGCACUUCUACCGACACGAGAAUUUCGACUUCCAAACGUUCAAGAACGACCUGGCCAUUCUGUGGCUGGAUGCACCGAUCAAACUGGGACCCAAGGCUCGCACCAUCUGCCUACCGAAGUCGCCUCAGAAUCUCGUCGGAAAGACCGUGGUCGUAGCCGGCUGGGGAGUCACCACAGAGAAUGGCACCGGUUCGCCUGUGCUACGGUACACAACCCAGGUGGUCUGGAACUUGGAGCAAUGCAUCCAGGGACUCGGAGGAAUAGGAUUCUAUUCACCGCAGCAAAUCUGUGCCUACAAGAGGGGCUCCGACGCGUGUCAGGGGGACUCGGGAGCCCCGCUGAUGCUCAAGAACGGGGACGUCUAUGAGAUUGUGGGCCUAGUGUCUUUCGGAGACGGUUGCAACAUCGAAGGCGUGCCAGGAGUCUACACAAACAUCGAGAUGUACACCACCUGGAUACGGGACGCCAUCGAGUCACCAGAAAAAUACGAGAACACGUACACAUGA